UUCAGAUCUAUUGUGAAAAAUGGCGACUUUUGGAUAAAGUGUGACAUUUCCUUGCAAAUGUGUCUUAGUUGUUUGUAGUUAUUUAAUUAAUAUCGGUAGUUUUUAGAAUAAACGGGCUCGUGAAUCGAAAUGGCAGUGAACAGUGACUGUAUAAGCAGACGUAAUCCCCAGGACGAGUACGAGCUCAUCCAAAGAAUAGGCAGUGGAACUUACGGAGAUGUUUACAAGGCCAAGAGGCUUUCGAUGAAUGAUCUUGCGGCUAUCAAGGUUAUCAAAUUGGAGCCAGGAGAUGAUUUCGCAGUUAUACAACAAGAAAUAUUAAUGAUGAAGGAUUGUAGACAUCAAAAUAUUAUAGCAUAUUAUGGAAGUUAUCUACGUCGAGAUAAACUUUGGAUUUGUAUGGAAUAUGGUGGAGGAGGAUCUCUUCAAGAUAUUUAUCACAUAACGGGCCCUCUCUCAGAAAUACAAAUUGCUUAUAUGUGUCGUGAAACACUUCUUGGUUUAGCGUACUUGCACAAUAUGGGAAAAAUGCAUCGUGAUAUUAAAGGUGCCAAUAUUUUACUAACUGAAGCUGGUGAUGUAAAAUUGGCUGAUUUUGGUGUCUCAGCACAAAUCACAGCAACUAUUAACAAAAGAAAAAGUUUUAUUGGCACUCCAUAUUGGAUGGCACCUGAGGUUGCCGCAGUUGAAAGAAAAGGUGGUUACAAUCAAUUAUGUGACAUUUGGGCUUGUGGAAUAACAGCCAUAGAACUCGCGGAAUUACAGCCACCAAUGUUUGAUCUUCAUCCUAUGCGGGCUCUUUUUUUGAUGUCAAAAUCUGGCUUUAAACCACCGACACUUAAAGAUCGUGAUAAAUGGAGUCCGACUUUUCAUAAUUUCGUGAAAGUAGCACUUACAAAAAAUCCUAAGAAAAGACCUACUGCUGAAAAAUUACUACAGCAUACAUUUUUUCAAGGAGAAAUGAGUAAACGAUUAGCAUUGGAAUUAUUGCAAAAGGUUUCUAAUCCUAGCCACAUGUUUACCGAUCUAGAAGCAGACGAAGACGGUGCAGUACCUAAUGUUCCUCAGCGAAUUGCUUCGAGACACACUGCUAGAUCUCGACCAAAAAGCCCAAUUUCCCAGCUAGACUGUGAUGAUCAAAUAAAUUUAGACGGUGAAACAUUACAAAGAGAAUCAAUACCUUCUUCGGUAGAUACAAGUCCUGCGUGGGAUAUUAUGGAUAUUAUGAAUAAUGUAAAGACUAUGCACAAUUGUGACGUUCAUCCUGAUUGUGGAAUUGGAACUGCAUUUGAAGAUGUACCAGAAAAUAAUCGCGGCGUUAUGAGAGACUGUAGAAUGUUGCGCCGAAGCAAAACUGGCACCGAGAUAUUUCAUAUGAGUCUCAGGAGUCUUUUGCAGUACAUUGAUGAGGAGUUGUUGCUAAGGGGAAACGCAAUGUCGAUGGUUGGUGGCCAUUGCGACCAGCUAUACUCCCUGCAAGCUACAUUGCCUCUUGGUGAGUCAUCAAAUGAUUGCGAGGUACAUCGUGGCUUUUAUGGUAAUAUACCUGGGUCGCAAGCAAGUCCCAGGCGUCACAGCUCUGUGGACGAGUUGUAUAACCUGGUGAGCAGUUCCUUGUCAUUAGGAGCAGUCAAUGGACAACGUCAACGUUCACUCUCGGACAGUGGGUCGAGAGAGCCUAAGGGCGAUGGCGAAAUACCUGACAAUGGAGAUGGGGAAAGUAUUAGUCCUGAUUUAUUGUCCGAUACACCACCAGUUCCACCUAGACGAAGGGAUAGAAAAAGACAUACACCACCUAGACCAAUUAGUAAUGGACUUCCGCCAACGCCAAAAGUUCAUAUGGGAGCAUGUUUCUCAAAAGUAUUUAAUGGUUGUCCAUUAAGAAUACAUUGUACGGCAAGUUGGAUACAUCCUGAUACGCGUGAUCAACAUUUAUUAAUAGCAGCUGAAGAGGGAAUUUAUAAUUUGAAUCUCAAUGAACUUCACGAUGCAGCGAUAGAUCAACUCUAUCCGAGGAGAACAAUUUGGAUGUAUGUUAUUAAGGAUGUUCUCGUCUCACUCUCAGGAAAAACGCCUCAGCUUUAUAGACACGAUCUUUUAGCAAUGCAAAGCAAACAAACUCACAGGUUUUCAUUGCACAUGAAUAAAAUACCCGAGAGAUUAGUACCAAGAAAAUUUGCGCUUACAACAAAAGUCCCAGACACAAAGGGCUGCACAAAAUGUUGUGUCGGAAGAAAUCCCUACAAUGGGUAUAAAUAUCUCUGCGGUGCAAUGCCAGCAGGAAUAUUUUUAAUGCAAUGGUAUGAUCCAUUAAAUAAAUUCAUGUUGCUGAAACAUUUUGAAUGUAUUUUGCCAUCGCCAUUGAAUGUUUUUGAAAUGAUUAUCACACCAGAAAUGGAAUAUCCAAUGGUGUGUGUAUCAGUUAAACAAGAAUAUCAACAAAAUAAAUUAAAAUUGGAUUUAAUUAAUAUGAAUUCUGGCGCAAGCUGGUUUCAUAGUGACGAACUCGAGGAUGUCGAUGGUUCAGCAACGGUGAUACCAAGAAGAGAAAAUCUUCAAGUGAUAAGUGUUACACAAUUAGAAAAAGACGCAAUUCUUGUUUGUUAUGAUAAUGUCAUAAAAGUCGUAACGUUGCAAGGUAAAUUAAGAAAUAGUAAGAAGCAAAUGUCGGAACUUCAGUUUAAUUUUCAAAUUGAAUCUAUCAUUUGUUUGCCUGAUAGUGUUUUGGCAUUUCACAAACAUGGAAUGCAGGGAAGAAGUUUGAAAAAUGGUGAAGUUACGCAGGAAAUAAGCGAUCCAAGUCGAACUUACAGACUACUCGGUUCAGACAAAGUUGUGAUGUUAGAGAGCCAUUUAGUCCAUACGGGGACACUCUCAGAAACUGAUGGAGCUGAUUUGUAUAUACUCGCUGGACACGAAGCCAGUUAUUAGUUAUAAAUAUUUUAUGAAAGAAAACGAGAAUUAUACAAAAAUAGAAGACAAUGAUUCAAGCUGCAAGUAAAUAAUAUAAUUAGCUAAUUAUUUGCAAAUUGAAUGGAUUUUGCGUUGAAGGUAGACACAUUUUUUCUUUAUAUAUAUAUAAUAUUUAAAUUGCGCUCUUUAUCUCGCAAUGGUCCGUGGCCAGGCGAUUAUUUACUUUUUAAUUAAUUGCAUGAGACACAAUAUCCGAGCAGACUGUAUUAAGUAGACUGUUUUAAUUAUUCAAGUACCAGAAUAAGUAUUUAUUAAUUCCAUUAAAGGAACAUUUAAUUGAAAUACAUCAUAACACUGGUAGAACACAAUAGAUAACGCAAUGAUUAUGAAAAACAGUAGAUUUUGAUGAUCAUGGAAAGAAUUAGCUAUUUUAUACGUAGACUGUAAAUUUUUUUUUUCAUUUAUGUAAAAAAAAAAAAAAUCUCUAAUUAUUCGAGAAUCAAUUAGUUAAGCCAUUUGCCACAUUUUUUAUUAUGUUAGCUUCUCAUAAAAAUCAAUUUUAACUUAUUUACGAAAUAAUCAUAUAUAUUAUAAUAGACCAAGCGAAUAGAUGUUAAUGAAACGAAUAGAAUUUUCAUGAUCAUUAAAAAAGCUCAUUCAAGAAUUUUUAAAAUAACUUGUUUACUUUAUUUGACGCAAUCAAUAUUUAAAUUUAUCAAGAAUCGUACAGUGAUAUUUAUCUUACUGUGUUAUGUUUUUUUUUUUUUUUUUUGUUAAACAAAAGUGAUUUUGAUAUUUCUGUUUUAUUAUCUACUGUUUUAUAUUUUAAAAUUGGUGACAGCGAGAUUCAUUUGAAUAUCGUUCAUUCAAUUAAUUAUUGUUGAGCGAUGUCGAUUCGUGUAAAGUAUUUUGAACCAAAGUUUAUUCUUGAGAAAUUCUAAAUUUUUAAUGUUAAGAAAAAAAUGUAGCUUUGUUGUAAAUAAGGGAAAAUAAGUAUUACAAUUUUAAAUUAUACAAAUUUUUGUUUUCUAGAACGUUUAAUUUUUUUUUUUUUUAUAAAAAAAACAUCUUAUCUAAAAAAACAUUCCUUUUCAAAAUUGCCUUCUUAUUGUACACGAGUGUUGGUGAAACAAAUACGAUAUAAACUUAUAUGUAAAAAUUGUGUAUAUUAAAGCUUCAAAAGAUUUUACUUUUAACUAUUUUUUACAUUACUUGCGGUUACAUUAAAUCUAUCAUGAAAUUUCAUUAAAUUAAAAUUAGCAAAAAUUAAAUUUAAAUCUAAGAGAAAUUAUUUAGAGAAAAAAGAGUAUUCCAACUCAUUUUCAUAACAAGUAAACACCAAAAUAUUCAAUCAAAUAUAUAAAAAUUAGAAUUUAAAAUGUCUUCCUCUCUUGUUCUUUGAAAAAAAAAAAAUUAUUACACUUCAAAAUAAAAUACAUUCAAUAAAAUUUAAUCUCUUUUUCGCGUGAAUUGCAAAAAAAAAAGCUUUGGCUUUAAAUAUAGUUGUCAAUUACAAUAAUUCAUUUUAGAGAUAAAUUAAUUUUCAAUAAAUCUCGAAUGUGUUUUACACAUAGCUUAUAAAAAGAUAAAUUCAUAUUUUUUAUUCACAAAAAAUAUUAAACAUUUCUUACUGGGAAGAAGAGGAUUUUUUCUUCUAUUUAAAUCGAUAGUUCAAAUUCAAAAUUCUCAUAUAUGACAAUACACAAAUGAUAAAUAAAUGAAUAUAUUUUUAUUUUUAUUCAUAAAUGCAAUUAACAUGGAACAAGAAUUAUACCAUUAUAAUAUUGUGGUAUACAUAUCGUUCUUCGACGACCAGACAAAUUUAACAAAAAGAAAAAUCAAAGUAUAAUGAAAAUCUCUUUCACUUCAUGGUAGGAAUUUUUUUUUUUUUUUUUAUUUAUAGAAUUAUAAGUAUAUAAUACUUUGAUUUUGAGAACAAUAUUAUCAGAUUUAAACGGUUGAGAGUUGCAUUAUGACUUCAUUAAUCGAAACUAAAAAUUCUCAAAAAUUAAUUUUUAAAUCAACGAAAGGAAAUAGAAUUUAAAAUUUUAUGAAACGACAUAACAGAGUAACAGAUAAAAAAUGUUUUUAAAUAUUUUUAAUACUAUUUCUUAGAAACUGUCAAUUUAAUAUUUUUGAUAGUUCAAAAAUUUAAAGAAAUAUGAAUAAUUUGAAUGUCUCGACUAGUGAUGCCAUAAAUGUAUCUUUAAUCACUAUAAUGGAAGCAAUUUAAAAAUUGUAAAUUAAAAUAUUUUCGUAGAAAAAGAAGUUAUAAAAUCAAAGCAGGAUAACCAUAAUUUCCUUUAACGAGGAUUUGGAAUUAAUUAAUCAACACUAAACAUUUUUUUUUAAUUGUUCAAAUUUUGAAUCAUUCAAAUAUUUUUAUUCUAAUAAAAAAAUGUUUAAAAAAAAGACAUUAAUUAUCCUUAAAAUAAUUGAAAUAACUAGAAAAUCCGAAUUCUCGUGUUAAAUAUUUCGUUAAUAGAAUUAGAAAUUUUAAUUAGUGGUCUAGUACAAUAUUUGGAUUUAUCCUGCUAACGAAUUUAAAAGAAUAAAAUAAUAUUUUGGGAGGUGAAAAGCCAGAAACAGAAAGAGAGUAUAUAUAUACACAUAUAGAUCUAUAUAUAUUUAAUAUUGCUUCUUGAAAUUGUUCAUGUUGAAAUUAUAUAUUAUACAUAAAUGUACGAAAAGAAAAUUUUCUUCCAUCAAACAAAAAAAAAAACAAAA